UUUGGCAAGCAGGCAUACACUAAUGGGAGUUUGCCCAACUGCUAAGAGACAUGCAGACAAAUCCAAGUUCUCUAGCAAUCUCUCUGGGCAUCUUUUUUUUUUUUUUUUUUUUUUUUUUUGGAAGACACAGUAAAAUAAGACAAAAAGAGCAAGCAACUCGACCGAUGAACAUUUUUGAUAUGCCGAGAUUUUAAGGGCCUUGCGGAAGUGCUCCACAAAGAGACAAGGUUGCAUAACAUUGGGAACCAGUUAAAGUAAAUAUUAGUGAGCGUUACCUGCAUAAGUUCAUGUAGAGGAGGAUGAAGACUAUUUCGGAAGAAGAGAAACACUCUUGCUGAGAAUGCUGCAAACAAACAAACAAAAUGUUCUCAGGAUGAUUUUAUUAUAUCAAGUGGUACAUUUCAUUUUAUUUGCCUCCGUUUCUGGUGACUGUGUGACUGAGCUGUUCACAGACACCUGCUUCGAAGGAGGAGACAUCACUACCGUCUUUACACCAAGUGCCAGGCAUUGCCAGCUCGUCUGCACCCACCACCCACGCUGUUUGCUUUUCACCUUCAUGGCUGAAUCGUCUUCUCAAGAUCCUGCCAAAUGGUUUACUUGUAUCCUGAAAGACAGUGUAACAGAAACACUGCCAAGGGUGAAUAUGACAGGAGCCAUUUCUGGAUAUUCUUUCAAGCAAUGCUCACACCAAAUAAGUGCUUGCAACAAAAAGGUGUAUGUGGGCUUGGACAUGAAAGGCAUGAACUAUAAUGGCUCAAUCGCUAGGAAUGUUCAGGAAUGCCAAGAGAGGUGUACAAAUGAUGUGCACUGUCACUUUUUCACAUAUGCAACAAGCCAGUUUCCCAGCGCAGAACAUCGUAACAUUUGUCUACUGAAGUACACCCAAAUGGGGCUACCAACCAGAAUAAUGAAGCUCGGUUCAGUGGUGUCUGGAUUUUCACUGAAAUCCUGUGCGCUUUCUAACCUGGCUUGCAUUAGGGACAUUUUCCCUGGUACGGCGUUUGCAGACAGUAACAUUGACAGUGUCGUGGCUCCAGAUGCCUUUGUCUGUCGCCGCAUUUGUACUCACCAUCCCAGCUGUUUGUUUUUUACCUUCUUUUCUCAAGAAUGGCCAAAGGAAUCUGAAAGAAAUCUUUGUCUCCUGAAAACAUCUGUAAGUGGAUUACCGAGCACGCGCAUUAAAAAGAGCAAAGCUCUUUCUGGGUUCAGUCUGCAAAGCUGCAGGCACAGUGUCCCAGUGUUUUGUCACUCCUCAUUUUACCACGACACUGAUUUCUUGGGAGAAGAACUGGACAUUGUUGAUGCAAAAGGGCAUGAAGCUUGCCAGAAAAUGUGUACUGACACCAUACGCUGCCAAUUUUUUACCUAUUCUCCAUCUCCAGAAUCUUGCAACGGAGGGAAGGGUAAAUGUUACUUAAAACUUUCUUCAAAUGGAUCUCCAACUAAAAUACUUCAUGGGAGAGGAGGCAUCUCUGGAUAUACAUUAAGGUUAUGUAAAAUGGAUAAUGUGUGUACAACCAAAAUCAAACCCAGAAUUGUUGGAGGAACGGCAUCUGUUCAUGGCGAGUGGCCAUGGCAGAUAACUUUGCAGAUCACGUCACCCAGCCAGAGACACCUUUGUGGAGGCUCCAUCAUUGGAAACCGGUGGAUACUAACAGCUGCGCACUGUUUCGAUGAGGUAGAGUCACCUAAAAUCUUGCGUGUCUAUAGUGGCAUUCUAAACCAAUCAGAAAUUAAAAGGGACACAUCUUUCUUUGGGGUUCAAGAAAUAAUAAUUCAUGAUCAAUAUGAAGUGGCAGAAAGUGGGUAUGAUAUUGCCCUGUUGAAACUGGAAACCACAAUUAAUUACACAGAUGCUCAGAGGCCCAUAUGUCUACCUUCCAAAGGAGAUAGAAAUGUAAUAUAUACUGAUUGCUGGGUGACUGGAUGGGGGUACAGAAAGUUAAGAGGCAAAAUACAAAAUACUCUCCAGAAAGCUAGCAUACCCUUGGUGACGACUGAAGAAUGCCAGAUAAGAUACAGAAGGCAUAAAAUAACGAAUAAGAUGAUCUGUGCAGGCUAUAAAGAGGGAGGGAAGGAUGCUUGUAAGGGAGACUCAGGGGGCCCCCUGUCCUGUAAACACAACGAGGUCUGGCAUUUGGUGGGCAUCACCAGCUGGGGAGAAGGCUGUGGUCAAAGGGAACGGCCAGGGGUUUACACCAACGUGGUUAAGUAUGUGGACUGGAUUUUGGCGAAAACCCAAGCAGUGUGAAAGAGUCGCCACAUGCCAUUUGACAUCUGAAAGGCAAACCAGAUUAUUUCUGGGAGGAGGGUUUUGAUUGCACUGAAGACAGAGGCUGGGCCGCCAUUUUCCUGCACAGGUUAUGGUACUGAGAUAGUAACACAUUGAAGGGGGCGGGUAUUUGUGAGAACGUGCCAAGAGAAACAAAUGAUCAUCUUCAAAACUUCCAUUCUUUGAUAAUCGUUGUUUUCAGCAUCCAGCUUCUUGGUUUCUGAUCACAUGUUACUGGGCCAAAGAAAUACUCUAUGGUGAUUUCUUAACAAUUCAAGUAUUGAUAUUUUUUAAGAUUCAAGAAUCAAGUUGUGGCAUCAGAGGCUCCGGUAGAGCUGCCAGAAGCAACCACCAUGAAAAGAUUCGUGAAGAGAGAACUGGGAGCUGGAGAAAAUGGGGACAAGACAGUCACCCUCAUUUUUCAAGAAUGUGUACUCUGCCUACGUGAACAUCUUUCUUUUGUGAAAGAAGAACUUGACUGGAUUCAAUGGCUGGUUUUCAGAAUAAUCAGGAAUGUUUGUCAUUUCAAAUUUUUUUUUUUUUUUUUUUUAAGAGGGAGAGAACAAUGGGUGGAGGGUAGGGCAGAGGGGAAGGAGGGAGAGAGAGAAUCUGAAGUAGAGCCUGAUGCAGAGCUUGAGCAGAGAAUCUGCUCAGCACAGAGCCUGAUGCAGGAUUUGAUCCCAUGCCCCUGAGAUCAUAACCUGAGCCAAAAUUGACAGUUGGUUGCUCAACCAACUAAGCCCCCCAGGCACCCCUGUCAUUUCGGUUUCUAAUAUGUUUUUAAAGUAGUUUGGGUGGACAUGAACCAUGAGUGCAUGUGAAUGUGGACUCUAGGAUUUCUAUAUGGGAAAGGAUUGAAAGCUGUAAUUCACCUGGACAUGGUAUCUUAAGGGAAGACUUUUAAAGUUGUACUUGCCUAGAAAACUACUGGUGCGUAGAUUGUAUAUUUACUCGGUGUGAUUCUGGGUGAGGGAAGCUGAUGGAUGUGAGGGGAGCAAGCUAGAGCUUUCCGAAGAGAAGCUGCCAUGGUGAGUGUGAGUUUACAAAUCUGCAUUCAUGGUAAUAAAGGAUUUGGACAGAAUUCAAUACAAAGUACCUCCAGACUUCAGGGAAAAAACAAUUUGGGAACAAUGGAUGGCUCUUGUAGCGUCUUCUUUAUAUUCAAAACAGCUCCCUGUAUGCUAAGUGUUGGGGUUUUCCCUGUAGUGCGGGUAUUUGGUUACUGUUUCUGAUGACUAGACUGUGCACUGUUUCCACUGCCGUUUUCAACCUGUGUCAACAACAUUACAUCUUAUCCAGUAUGAAAAGUACUUAGGGAGCACACUGAACUAUGAGGACAUAGUGGUAAGCAAAGUGCUAUGUCUUUACCUUCAUGGAACCCCAGUCUAGUUAGCAUGAACAACAAAAAUUAAAGAAUGACACAAGUGUUAAACUUCAGCGGGAGGGACAUACAGGGUUCUGUGACAAUGGACGGGAAGAAGAGCAUUUGGGGCAGGUUCAAAGACUGGGAUAAAAAUGAGCUUGUGCUGAGGAGGACAAAUUAAAAACAAAAGCAAACCGAACCUCAAAUCAAAAAGGCUGGGAUGGUCUAACGGGGCCAGAUCCAAAACGCUUAUAGAGUCAAACAAGACUGAGACUGAGACUUGAGCACCGUUAAAAUUACCAAACAGUAGUAAUAAUUUUCUUAUUAUCUGCUUAUUACCUUAGUAGUCUUUUUUUUUUUUAAAGAUUUUAUUUAUUUAUUUGACAGAGAGAGAGAGAGAUCACAAGUAGGCAGAGCAGCAGGCAGAGAAAGAGGGGGAAGCAGGCUUCCUGCUGAGCAGAGAGCCAGAUAUGGGGCUCGAUCCCAGGACCCUGGGAUCAUGACCUGAGCCGAAGGCAGAGGCUUAAUCCACUGAGCCACCCAGGUGCCCCAUUACCUUAGUAGUCUUGAUGUAACACUUCACAUUUUUAAAAAAUUGGGAUAUAAUUCUUCAUAGGAAGAGAUCUUCCCUCUCCAUUCCCCAUUUGUGUCUUUUUUGUAGUUCAAAACGAGAGGAAGAGGCAUGAAAGGGAGAGGAGACCAUGUGUUACUAAUCCAUUUCUGAAUAAAUGUUUGCUCUUUAAAAGAGGCAGAGAGAGAAAGAUCUUUCUGAAAAGUCUUCCCUGACAAAUAUUUGAGAAAAGCACACACCUUAGUUUUGUUAUACUUAACAUUGAAUAUUAUCUUAAUUUUUGAACAGUAAGCAUAUGCCCAGGAUUCAGAAAUGAAAAUACUGGGAGAACAUAUUAAAUAUACCUUAUACCUUAUACCUAUAAUGAGAAGGUUCCCUGCCCCACACCAAAAGAUUGCACACCCUAACUGUUCAGCACUGUUCUCCUUUUUUAUACUCUGCUUUGGAAAUAUUUCUGAUUGGUACCCAAUGGGCUUCCUCAGUUUGUAUUUUUUACAAAAGUAUGGUAUUCCGGUGUGGGGAUUCCAAACACCCAAACACCUACUGAUAGACACUUAAGUGGUUUUCAGUUUUUUCACUCACUCAUAUGUGGUAAAUUUGUAGCAUAUAUUCCAGAAGUAGAAUUGCUGAGAACAAAACAAAACCAAAAGAAUAAAUGCAUUUGUAAUUUCAA